AUGAUCUCUAGAAAUUCAACGAAAGAAUCUGUGAGAACAUUCCUCAGCGCGUUGGAGGAAUACGAUGAUUUAGCAAAUGCUAUAUCUCAAUUGGGACCCUUUUACGAUAGCAGAGAGUCCUGGUCAGAUGAGCAACUAAGAGACGAUAUCUUGUCUGCUACCAAGUAUUCUAUCUCGCGGCGCUCGUUGAAUUCACUAGAAACCGUUCAAAGUGUUAUCUUCAAUUAUAUCAAGCCUUUUUUUACCGCACAACAGAAGAAGAUCAACGAAAAUACAGGUAGAGUCAGAAUAAGAGAACUUGCUAGCGAGCACGUCGAUACGUUAGACGAACCUGCUUGGAAGACUCAGACGUUCGGUAUCUGGGGCACACUCCUACUUCUUAUGGAUGUAACCGAUGUAUCAAAAAGCUGGUUCAUGUUUCUUCCACCAACGAUGAGCCUCCUCGACGAUCAUGAACCGUACUAUAAGACACGCGGAGUGAGACUUGCAAGAAAGCUCAUAGACUCACUUGACAAUAAAACCAUACACCAAGCUGGUUUGCGUUCAUUAUGGGAGGAUUCACUUUAUAUCGCUCUUACUUUCUUUGCACAAGAGCAUGGUCCUGAAUUGCUUGCUAGUACAGUUGAGGCGUUGUUGGCACUCUACAGGAAGACGACGGUAGACGUCGAUACGCUUUACAAACUGACAAUGGAAGGUAUCAUUCAGCCUUGGUUCUACUCUGGCGAUAAGCUAGACGUGCUGCUACCGACCUUCACUGUUCUUCCGCACCUGCUACUUACGAUGGACGUGAACUCGGUGAGGUUCCUGAAGGUAAUCAUUCCCAAAAUAAAUGAAGUACUCAUAAUGGUCUCUCCUCCGACUGAACAUUCACUACCAGUUCAAGUUGCAGCUCUUGACGCAUUGUCCACUCUGAUACGCGUAUGUAAACCACGCAUACAACAACGUAGAGUACAGGUACUAGAAGGUCUAGUAAAGGCUUUCGUUAAAGCAGACCUACAUAGUUUAUUUGCUAAAAGGAUCCAAGCUUGUUACAGCUUACUUAAAGAGACCACACCUCAAAUCAGUGAAGAUCUUAGUAUGCUUACACGUAUACACCCAUCACUGAAGCAGCUAGAUGCUGAUUUUAGUUGAAUCUCAAAAUGCGAUCAUAUAUACCACAAAUAUA